AUGUCUCGAAGUCCAGAGUCGGCAAGCCCUAUCUAUGAGCCGAUUAAGAGGUCAGACGAUGAUCAUUAUAACCCGGACCUGAACGCCGAAACACCGACUUUUAAAGGCUCUCCUAUUUCUGCAGCAUCGAAACAACAUGACGAAGGAGCAGAGGGAGAGUCACAGAAAUCGGUUGAUAUUGACUGGUUUGUCUGGGAACUCCUGGGAGUCGCGAUAUCGGGUGGUAUCCUAGUUGCCACAGUCGUCAUCCUUGCCUCGCUCAACAACACACCUGAACCAAAGUGGAAUUACAUGUCUCUCAACUCGUUGAUUUCCUGGUUGAGCACCGUCUCAAAGGGCUGCCUUAUAUCUGCCAUUAGCGGGGUGCUAGGCCAGUUGAAGUGGACAUGGUUCAAGCAGGCAUCGCGACCCCUACCAGACCUUCGUCAAUUUGACACGGCGAGUCGAGGAUUUUAUGGCGCUAUCCAGUUGAUAUGGAGAUUACGUGCUAGGUAG